GUAAAUGGUGAUCCCUCCCAGAGCUCCUUCUCCGCACUCUGGAGCGCUCUUCUCUCAGGGUCAGACCGGAUUGCAUCCCUUUCUUUUCCAGAAGCCUCUCCUUCUCCGUGAGACUCCAAUCCCCCCACCCACCACCACCACACACAUACACAUACACACACCCCUCCAACCUGAAAAUCAUCGCCUUGGUUGACGGCUUGCACUCUCCCGCGAAGUCGAGGUUUUGAAGUCGUGCUUGUAAUGGAAAGCAGAGAGGAGAUGGUGAUGCUGGCGGAGGGAGGUCAGCUUGGCAAGAGCGGUUCUAAUUUGUCGGAAGGGAGCCCCAUGCGAGAGUCGCAAGGGAAGCCGGGCCACAGGAGCUGUCUGAGCCCCGGAGCUGCGCCCUACUCCCGGGACAGGACGGAGGUGGUGGUGGAGGAGAGCGCACGGAGGAAUAUGUGCGCCGAUAUGAGGCCACUUGGCACGUCCUCCUCCGGAGAGAGGCACCGGACUGAUCACCCCCAUAAAGACGGCAGCAGCUCAGACACCGAGUCCGACUUCUACGAGGAAAUUGAUGUCAGCUGCACGCCUGAAAGCAUGGACUACCCAACAGCUAAAGGUCGAGAUGGGGAUUCUCCGGGUCAUCCGAGUGAGACUGGUGCUGACCCGGGUAAGGCCAUCCCGGGUCAGGGUUCUCUGUCCUACUCAGCCGACCAAAUUCGCCGGUACCGGACAGCAUUCACCCGGGAGCAGAUCGCACGGCUGGAGAAGGAAUUUUACCGGGAGAACUAUGUGUCCAGGCCGCGGAGAUGUGAACUGGCAGCCGCCUUAAAUCUGCCUGAAACCACCAUCAAAGUGUGGUUUCAGAACCGCAGGAUGAAAGACAAGCGUCAGCGUCUCGCCAUGACGUGGCCUCACCCUGCCGACCCGGCCUUCUACACCUACAUGAUGAGCCACGCUGCGGCCACAGGGAACUUGCCCUACCCCUUCCCGUCCCACCUGCCGCUACCUUAUUACUCCCACCUAGGUGUCGGUGCUGGCUCGGCUCCGGCCGCCACCCCUUUCUCCAACCCCCUGCGGUCCCUCGACAGUUUCCGGAUGCUGUCUCACCCCUACCAGAGGCCGGAACUCCUAUGCGCCUUCAGACACCCCUCCUUGUACCCGGGUCCUACCCACGGGCUCGGUCCCGGAGGAAGCCCCUGCUCCUGUCUGGCCUGCCACUCCAGUCAAUCCAACGGUAUCUCAUCCAGGCCUUCUGGCUCGGACUUCGCUUGCUCCCCAACCAGCAGGACUGAUGCCUUUGUCACUUUCACGCCUUCAGUGCUAAGCAAAUCCUCAUCUGUGACAUUAGACCAGAGGGAAGAAGUGCCUCUGACCAGAUAAAACCAAAACCACCAACUCUUGUUCUAUAUUAGCCUUUACCAUAAGCUUUUUAACCUAACAUAUUAUAUGAUCAGGACUGAAACAGCAUGAAGAGAUAGCCUGUCAGCAGUGAAAGUCAGUGUAAACUUGGGGCAAGAUAAUUAGCUAUGUGACGCACAAAUGGAGCUCCCGUUACUGAAAAAUAAUCCCAUUGCAGAGGCAGGACAGUGGGCUGAAAUAUGACGGCAAGGACACAAAACCACAUUUGAUUUUUAGAAGAUUAAUCUGAUGUGAGGGGAGAGAGAGAGAGAAAGAGGGAGAAAUAUCCAGAGAAACGUUUAAAUCUCUGUGAUGGAUGGCGUUAAGGCUUUUAUCAUUAUUUGUCGUCUCUUUACGCGUCCAAAACGACCUACAUGUAUUGUUAGUUACGCGAGAAUGAUGCUUUCCAUCUCUCUUUUUAACAAGGGGAUUUGUUAACAGACUGCGGCCGGUCUCAUUAGCUAUAAGCAGCUCUCCACACCGGGGCCCUCACGGCGGCCCCGGGCCGAAAUGUGCAGAUGCUAGUGAAAUUAGUAAGUGAUGUAUAUGUACGACCCGGUGAAUUUUGAGUGUUGAAUUAAUGAUAAUACCAGGAAGGGAUCGUUGCUGCCAAAAGGUAACAAGGCGCCAGGGGAACGGAUUACAGCCCGCUGCUCACGGUUUUGACGAGGGGGGGGAGAGAAGAAGAAGGACCCAGAAGAGGAUGGAGAGAGCCAGAGAGAGGACAAUCAAAAUGAAAAAAAAAGAAUGAAACAUUUUUAAGCCCAUCAAACACUUCUCCCUCUGCGACAUAAGAGCCAGUUCUUAAAUCUGAUGAAAAUGUGAUUAAUAUAUACCUAUAUUUUAAAAAUAUUUUUCUCGCUUUGCACCGCUACAGUGGCACCAGUUUAGUGGCAUUUCAUGGAGAAAGCGGACUAACAAGUGACUGAUUAUGUUUGUCUGUUUUUUUAAAUACAUUUUUUUAGUUGGUUGUUUUCUUUUUGUGGGUUUAUUUUUUGGCUGGGAUGUCCUCAACGU